AUGGCGCCGUCGACGUACUCCGACGCGCUCCGAGCGCUCCUGUCGCCGCUGACGUCCGACCAGUGGGUCCAGUGCGACUCCUGCGAGAUCUGGCGCCGCGUUCCGAAGCGCAUCGCGGACGCGCUCGGCGACGACGAGCAGUGGUUCUGCAACUUAAACCCGUACGAUUACUUCAACCGGUGCGACGCGCCGCAAGAGAUCGAGGACGACGAGAUCGACGUCGUCCUCCAGGCGCAGGCCGCGGCGGAGGAAUACAAGCUCGCGGCCGUCGAACGCGCGGCGGCGGAAAAGGCGGAAAAAGCCGCGGCGGCGGCGGCGGCGGCGGCGAGGGAGCACGUCUCGUACAACAUGUCCGUGACGGAUGGGAACCAGACCAGACGGCAGUUUCAGGCGCGUUCUAUACACUGGUCCCCAUACGACCGCGUCGGCGUGGUGAACGCCGAUCCUUGA